UGUAUUGUGUUGGCCAAAGUAAGACAUAAAUAAGAAGAGACGUAACGGGUAUUAUCGUCAUUUAUGAUCUGGAUUUUGUCCUAGUUUUUCCCACUUUCCAUUCAGGUUCAGCUCACGACACCAAAAUUCAUUCUUAAAACGCACCACACAACACCCACCCUUUCAAAGCGCUGCGCCUGUGCUCUCUCCACUACUCUCUCUCUCUCUCUCUCUCUCUCUCUUCUGCAAGCUUCCUUUGGCGUUGUUUUGUUCAUCAAUUUGGGGUUCUUUGCUCCAAUGGCUGCUUCUGGAUAUAUAUCUGCUGCCAACUUGAAUUGCCAGCUUGGCGCCAGACACAUAUCCAAUCCCAAGCUGGGUUAUGCAGAUGCCAGAAUUGCGUUGUCGUUUGGUGGUAGCGACUCUAUGGGCGUUAGUGUGCGACCCGCUUCAGUUCGUGCUUCUAAGAGGAACCAUUUCUCUCCUUUGCGUGUCGUUUGCGCCGAUUAUCCACGACCGGAGCUUGAAAACACCGUUAAUUUCAUCGAAGCUGCUUACUUGUCUUCCACCUUUCGUACUUCUCCGCGUCCACUACAACCGUUGAAGGUCGUUAUUGCCGGUGCAGGAUUGGCUGGUUUAUCGACUGCAAAAUAUUUGGCUGAUGCUGGGCAUAAGCCUAUAUUGCUGGAAGCUAGAGACGUUCUAGGUGGAAAGGUUGCUGCAUGGAAAGAUGAGGAUGGAGACUGGUAUGAAACAGGUCUACACAUCUUCUUUGGGGCUUACCCUAAUGUGCAGAACUUAUUUGGAGAACUUGGCAUUAAUGAUCGGUUACAAUGGAAGGAGCAUUCCAUGAUUUUUGCUAUGCCAAGUAAACCCGGGGAGUUUAGUCGAUUUGAUUUUCCCGAAAUCCUUCCAUCCCCGUUAAAUGGAAUCUGGGCUAUAUUGAGGAACAACGAGAUGCUGACAUGGCCAGAGAAAGUCAAAUUUGCAAUUGGGCUUCUGCCAGCUAUGCUUGGUGGACAGGCAUAUGUUGAGGCUCAAGAUGGUCUUUCUGUUAAAGAAUGGAUGAUAAAACAGGGUGUUCCUGAUCGAGUAACUGAUGAGGUGUUCAUAGCAAUGUCGAAGGCACUAAACUUCAUCAAUCCCGAUGAACUUUCAAUGCAAUGUAUAUUGAUUGCUUUAAACCGAUUCCUUCAGGAAAAACAUGGUUCUAAGAUGGCAUUUUUGGAUGGCAAUCCCCCUGAAAGACUUUGUAUGCCAGUAGUUGAUCAUAUUCAGUCAUUGGGUGGGGAAGUUCAUCUCAGUUCACGCAUUAAAAAAAUUGAGCUAAAUGAUGAUGGAACAGUGAAGAGCUUCUUACUAAGUAAUGGGAAGGUGAUCGAGGGGGAUGCUUACGUGUUUGCAACUCCAGUGGAUAUUCUGAAGCUUCUUUUACCUGACAACUGGAAAGGGAUUCCAUAUUUCCAGAGAUUGGACAAAUUAGUUGGAGUCCCCGUCAUAAAUGUUCACAUAUGGUUUGACAGAAAACUGAAGAACACAUAUGAUCACCUUCUCUUUAGCAGAAGUCCCCUUCUGAGUGUAUAUGCUGACAUGUCUGUAACUUGCAAGGAAUAUUAUGACCCAAACCGGUCUAUGUUAGAGUUGGUUUUUGCACCAGCUGAAGAAUGGAUUUCACGUAGUGAUGAAGAUAUCAUUGAAGCCACGAUGUCUGAGCUUGCCAAACUCUUUCCUGAUGAAAUUUCUGCCGACCAAAGCAAAGCAAAGAUUCUCAAGUACCAUGUUGUUAAAACACCAAGGUCGGUUUACAAAACCGUUCCAAAUUGUGAACCUUGCCGUCCGGUACAAAGAUCUCCUAUUGAAGGUUUCUACUUAGCUGGAGAUUACACAAAACAAAAAUAUUUAGCUUCAAUGGAAGGUGCUGUUCUUUCAGGGAAGCUGUGUGCACAAGCUAUUGUACAGGAUUGUGAAGUACUUGCUGGUCGAGGCCAGAAAAGAAUGGCUGAAACGAGUGUUGUCUAAUAGAAACAACAGAAACAAGAAUUGAAAAUAAAUUAUGGUAUAAAUACAGGAGUAGCAUCACUUCAGUCCAAGCUAAGAAACCAGGGAAGAAUAAUCUACAAAGAACAAAUGGCAUGUGUCAAUAUUGUAUUGGAACGAAAUUUGUCAUUAUUCAAACUUGUACAUCCAAGUUUUCUUUUCUUUACAUUUUUUACUUAGUAGCAAAUUAUUUCCA